AUGCGCCAUCUUCUCUCUCUGUUUCUACUAUUCGGUUGCGCCCAAAUCGGUCUACAGCAGUGUACUCCUAAUACUGACGUUGAAAACUUUCACAAUUAUGUUCGGCAAGCAGUCGCUAGACGCUACGCUCCCUCUCUCUCCGACCCGACUGGUGGUAAUGGUAACAUAACUCUUGGCGGAAAAGGAUCAAAAACAUUAUUCGCGUUGACUUACGAUUGCUCACUCGAAGGAAUUGCAACAGCUUCAAUUGAUGCGACUAGGUGUAAGCCCAAUAAAGAAUACGCAAGCGCCUUCAACAGAGCUCUUAACUUUGCAGCGAAUCGUGAAAAAACAGCAAAAAAUGGUUAUCUCUAUGCAGUAGAAGACUGGCUUGAUACAGCUGAGCUACCUAUCAGCGCUACGUACAACCCCAGUGACCCAGCUUCAGAAAGUUUCGCAAAUAUGGUAUACUAUAAAUCGUUGAGAGUGGGAUGUGCCCGCGUAGCAUGUACUGGCUCAACGACCGGUAAAUUUGCCAUUGCAUGUGUAUAUAGUGCGAUACCGCAGAAAGGAGAACCUUUAUACAUCGAAGCUAGCACAAAGAAGGGAUGCGCUCCAAAGAUGUGUAAGGAGUUUGUGUCAAAUGCCAUUUGUCAAAAUGACGGUGAUGGUUGUUCUGCCAUCGCUACCUGUGGCCUUUGCCAAACAAUGGAUGGUCCAGAGAUCCUAGAAGAUUCCACUACCAGCAGUACGAGUACAGCAAUUUCUUCAACUGUGACCUCAUCGUCAACCCGUACCUCAUCGUCCACCCGAACAUCCUCAUCGUCAAGCCGAACAGCCUCACCGUCAAGCCCAACGACCUCACCGUCAAGCCGAAUCGCUUCAUCAUCAAGCUCAAAGGCCUCAUCGUCAAGCCCAACGGCCUCACCGACAAGCCCGACAGCCUCAUCGUCAGCCAAAGUAUCUUCAACAAAACUUCCAACAACCACAAGUAGUCCGGGUGGAUGUAUGACGGAUGACAUUAGAAAUCAAGUAGUGAACAAGUUGAACGAAAAACGAGCUUUGCUGGCAAAGGGACAAGUACAAAAUGCAGGAAAAGGAAACUUACAACCAGCUACGAACAUGUAUAAAAUGGGCUAUGACACUGAACUGGAAUUUGAAGCACAGACUUACACUAACACAUGUCCACCAAAACCAGGAAAAUCAGAUCUGAGUACUCGCGUAGGCCACGGAGAAACCACAAUCAUACUAGACGACAAGAGUCUAUCCUGUGCAGAUGCUUUGACAAAGGCUUUGGAAGCUUGGUGGAAUGAAAUUACAAAGAAAGCACUGAACUCCGCAGUCAAGUAUACGCAAGUACUAGAAGAAUCCGUUAAUGCUCCCACAAAUUUCACUCAGAUGGCUUGGGCUGCUUCUUAUAAGGUAGGCUGUGGUGUAAGCCAAUGUAAUUAUGGUACCAUAGUCGUUUGCCGCUAUUACGUCAGAGGAAACAUCUACUCGCAGUACAUCUACCGCAUAGGUACAAAUUGUGCUGCGUGUAGCAACUCAUGCAGUAAUGGACUUUGCAAGGCUCCCAAUUAGACACUUUGUGCAGUCUGUGUCCCAUACUGUCGUCAUACUUUUCUUAAGCACCGCCGCUGCGCA